AUAGAAGAUAUAACUAUGAUUCAUUUUGUUUCCAGACUGACUAAGCAAAAAGGGGUGAACUUAACGGACAUCGGACCUAACUACACUGAUGGCUUUAUACAGAUCACAUCUGAACACAAGACCAGCCUGGAAAAUAUAUGGCAGUUAAGGGGGAGUUGCAUCACAGGGAAGGUUAUAGCUUUGAAAUGUUUUGAGUGUGGGACGCGGGCUAAGCUGCCCAGGAUAAUCGGGGGAGUGGAGGCUACCUUGGGAAGGUGGCCCUGGCAAGUCAGUCUCUACUACAGCAACCGACACACCUGUGGAGGCACCAUCAUCACCAGCCAAUGGGUGGUCACCGCAGCCCACUGUGUGCACAAUUAUAGGCUGCCACAGGUGUCCAGUUGGGUGGUCUAUGCUGGUAUUGUCACACGCAGUUCAGCUAAAAUGGCUCAGUACACUGGAUACGCAGUGGAAAAGAUCAUUUACAACAAGAAAUACAACCCCAGGAGCCACGACAAUGACAUUGCUCUGAUGAAACUCCUGACCCCUCUGAAUUUCUCAGAUACCAUCAGGCCUAUCUGUCUGCCACAGUACGAGCACGAUCUACCAGGAGGAACACAGUGCUGGAUCUCUGGCUGGGGCUACACUCAACCAGAUGAUGUUCUCAUCCCUGCCACUCUAAAAGAAGCUCCAGUUCCACUGAUAAGCACCAAGACAUGCAACAGUUCCUGCAUGUACAAUGGAGAGGUCACCCCCCGCAUGCUCUGUGCUGGAUACACCGAGGGCAAAGUGGACGCAUGUCAGGGGGACAGUGGCGGUCCGCUAGUCUGUCAAAUUGACAACGUGUGGAGACUGGUGGGCGUGGUGAGCUGGGGUACAGGCUGCGCUGAGCCCAACCACCCCGGAGUCUACACCAAGGUGGCCGAGUUUCUCGGCUGGAUCUACGACAUGAUUGAGAGCUACUGAGGAGGAAGAGGAAUAAGACAAUGCAUGAUCAGGGAGACUCCAGAACAGGCCUAGAGCAAACUGAAACAUAAGAUGCUCCUGACAUUCUUCCUCCUGUACUAUAAAUGUCAUUUUACCUCCUUAUAAUGGCCAUGUUUAUUGCAGAAAUGCAUACAUUAUUUAACAGUAGGAAAUAUUUUAUACUAUACAUGUUUGUCAUACAUUGAAUUUUUAGCCCCUGAAUGAGAACAUAUUUAUACCAUAUAUUUGUCUUGUAUUGAAAAUAAAUUAUGCUUCAUAUCUAAA